AUGCACAUUCAUCCGAGCUCACCGAACUCCUCCCAGUCGGAGGAUGAUGCGGCCACAAAAAUCCAGGCUGGGUUCCGCGGGUAUCGCGUGCGUAAGCAGAUGCGCGGACAGGGUGCGGUCUCCAAUACGGCCGGUGGCGUAGGUGCCGGACCUGGAGCAUCCGGUGCGUCAUCGUCCGGUACGGUGGAAGACAAAUCGGCCACCAAGAUACAGGCAAACGUACGCGGUUUUCUGGUGCGCAAGAAGCAAAAGAUGGCCACCGAGGCAGCGACCAAGAUACAGGCCAGCUUCCGUGGAUUCAAGACGAGAAAGGAGCUGAAAUCGAUUAAGAAGGACAAAUAG